GGCAUCGCGGCGGAACCGGGGCGCACCGGCGGCGGACAGCGCGGAGAGACACGUGGGGACUGUCCCCGCCUGUUCCGGGGCGGCCCCGCCGCGUCCCGGUGACACCGGCCCCGCCCGUUCCGGUGCGGGCACCGGCACCAUGGGGGUCACCUGCGUGUCGCAGGUGCCGGUGGCCGAGGGCAAGAGCGUGCAGCAGACGGUGGAGCUGCUGGCGCGGCGGCUGGAGGCGCUGGGCGCCGAGAAGCAGGGGACGUUCGGCGUGGACUGCGAGACCUAUCACACCGCGGCCACCCUCGGCACACAGGGGCAGACGGGGAAGCUGAUGUACGUCAUGCACAACUCCGAGUACCCCCUGAGCUGCUUCGCCCUCUUCGAGAACGGGCCCUGCCUCGUGGCCGACGCCAACUUUGACACCCUCAUGGUGAAGCUCAAGGGCUUCUUCCAGAACGCCAAGGCCAACAAGAUCGAGAGCCGCGGCACCCGCUACCAGUACUGCGACUUCCUGGUGAAACUGGGCACGGUCACCAUGGGCCCCAGCGCCAGGGGCAUUUCCGUGGAGGUGGAAUACUGCCCCUGCGUGAUCGCCAACGACUGCUGGAACCUGCUGAUGGAGUUCAUGCAGAGCUUCAUGGGCAGCCACACGCCCGGGAUCCCGUCGGUGUUCGGCUCCAAGCACGACAGCGCCUACAGCCCCGGGGACACCAUGGUGCAGUACAUGGAGCUCUUCAACAAGAUCCGCAAGCAGCAGCAGGUGCCCGUGGCUGGCAUCAGGUGAAGAGAAUUCCCUGCAGCUCCUGCCUGCCUGGCUGGCUCAGGAUUCCUCCAAAAUGUGGCACAGGAGGCAGCCCCGAGGGGUUUUUUCUCUUUUUUGUCUUUGCCACGUCGAAGUUUUGCGGUGCUGUGUGUGAUUCCGGGGUUUGGGAUUGUUGGAUCCGUGGCUCUGUGGUUCUCUGGACAAUGUUUCAUGCAGGGAAUUGUUUAUUCACAGGAAAAAGAGAAAUCCCAGCCAAAAUCAAGGACAGAGCUGCUGUGACUACAAAAACCUACAGGAGGAGUCUCUUAAAUUUGUAUUUUUUAUAUCCACGUGGGUGUUUUGUUGUAUUUCAUCCCAAUAAAACGCUGGAUUUUGGGAGGAGUCCCUGCACAGUGA